GAACGGUCACGGCUCACGUUAGAGUAUCGGCGUCGUCACUCGGUUGCUUUGUAUCAUUCGGUCAAUUUUUUUUUUAACGUGUGAGUUACGAUCUGUCGUGAUACGGAUUCAGUGAUCAAGGCUCGUGUGAUAACGCUCACGUCGCUCACGUGUACGAGAAUCACUCGUACGUCGGUUUAACUGUCGAUUUCAGUUUCUUCGUUUUUGCGUUUUUCCCCACCCCUCUCCGGUUUAUCGAUGGACACGUCUGUCGGUUAUCACGCUACUACGGAGACGUCGGCGGCUGGAACGAUGGUGUCAUCUAAUCAGCCGAGGAAAACAAAAAUAUUUGUUGGCCGGUUGCCGGAAAAUUGUCGUAACGAUGAGUUACGACAAUUGUUCUUGCGCUUUGGUGAGGUGACCGAAUGCGAUGUGAUGAAUCGAUAUGGCUUCGUUCACAUGGCACGAGAGGAGGAUGCAGCUGCGGCGAUCAAGGCACUCCACAAUUCCAACUUCAAGGGGGCAACAAUCAACGUGGAACAGUCAACUGGAAAGUCACGCGGAGGCGGAGGAGGACGCCGAGAUGACAGAAGAGGUGGACCAAUGAGAGGUGGUAGGGGGGGACGAGACGGUGGUAGAGACGCUCGUCCUGGACCAUACAAUGAUAGAAGAGUUCUUCCGAUCCAACUCGUUGGUUACGAUGGAUCUGCUGCAGGUGGCGUCGCGACCGGGUACACCGAUUACAAUCGCGGGGCUGGUGACUUUAGCGGCCGUGGAGCGGACUUUGGUGCCGGCUACGGCGAUCGCGGAGCUUAUGGUCAGAACGUGGGUGGCGCGGCGAUGGGUUACACUUCGACGGCGCCGGGGAUGGGCGGUGGAUACGGACCAGCUGCAGGUGCUGUGGGAGGAUACGGACCAACUGGCGCGGCGGACUAUGGGCGAACAGCUGAUUAUGGUCGCGCCGACUUCGGUGCUAGAACAGACUACGGAGUUGGUGGAGGCAUGGCCGGAGAUUUUAAUCGUGGCGCGCCUGGCCCAGUAGAUUAUGGUCGUACUGAUAAUUUCGGUGCCAGUCGCACAGUCGAUUAUACAGCGAGAAAUGAUUAUGACCGAAGUGCGGCUGGACCGAUGAGAAACGGUGGUGCCGUUGCUACUACUGGGUAUGGAACUGGGUACACUGAUGUGGGAUAUGAUGAAAGCCACUGGGAUUAUCCGGGUGGGCCAGGGAAUAUGAUGGGUGGGCCUGGGUGGGUAAAUCAGGGAGCUUCAAUGGCCUACGGAGUGAGGGACGGUCCUCCUGGUAAUGAUAUGCAUCCAUUUGACAGGCCAAUGAGCACUGGACCUAGCUACAGCACAGGGGCACCUAGUUACAGCACUGGUCCAGGACCACAAGCUGAUAUGUUUAGUAGAAGACCUGGCAGUGCCGUGCCCAGUGGCGGAUAUCCACCAGUUGCUAGCGGCUAUGCCGAAGGAUAUGACAGACCCGAUGCGUAUGGUCCUCCACGUGGCGGCGGACGCUUCCCAGGUCCGGCAGACGCAAUGCCACCGAGGUACUAAACAUGUACUAAACGCACUAGCGCAUGCGAAAGGCGACCGAAAAAAACAAAAACCGAUAAAAAAAAGAUCAGCCUUUUAGCAGCGAUCACUCGCUUAUCGGACUCGAUUACCUAGGAAUUGCCGUCUGCGUUCGUCGUUGAGUCCACGAUAAUUAUAAUGAAAACUAUAUAAAACUUACAAUAGAACUUAACGUUUAGUUGUAUCGUAAAGUACGGUAAGAAUAAGGAGGAUAUCAAUAGAGAGUAUAUAAACAAUUAUUUGAAUUUAAAUUCAAUUUUUUUUUCAAGUACAUUAUUAAUGAGUUCAUAUAUGAAUUGAUCAAUUAAUCAAUUUAUUAUUGGUAAACCUGCUGUUAGCCUAUUGUAUGUUUAAAGAAAAUUUUCGACAUUACAUUAUUCAUGGAGUU